AUGUUGAAACUCUUCCCGCCUACAAAACACGCUCUAUUUAAGAUUAGAAGAAGACCUUAUAAGCGUGUCUUCUUCCCAUCCUUAAUCAUGUCCUCACCUUCUUCCCCAUAUCAUUCUUCUUCUUCUUCUUCUUCUUCCUCUAAUGAAUGUCAUAAUGAUCUGGUGAGUAUGGACGCAGCAACCAUUCUCAACUCCAACAAUCCUAAACAAGCCAUUCAAUAUUUCAAUUAUGCUUUAAAACACUACCCGAUAACUUCUCCAACCAGCAAUCUUCCUCACCUCUAUUCAGCCAUCAUCAAUGUCUUAACAUUUGCCGGAAUGUACAAGCGUGCCAGGUGCUUGAUCAAAGACCUCAUCCAAACCCUACUUCUCCAUCCGUCCUGCAAAUCCGAAAACCAUGUUCCUUUUUUAGUUUUCGAUGCUCUUAAUCAUUUACAAAGCUCUGAAAAAUUCAGUCCUGAUGUGUUUGGAGUGCUCAUUAUUGCAUUUUGUGAGAUGGGGCUUGUUGAUGAAGCCUUGUGGGUGUAUCAACAGAUUGUUAAAGUAAUGCCCCCUUCAGUGCAAGCUUGUACUGCGCUAUUAAAUGGGUUGGUUAAGAAGGAUAGGUUUGGUUCCAUGUGGGAGUUAUACAAGGACAUGGUUUUGUGCAAGAUAUUGGUUCCUAAUGUUGUCACUUAUGCUGUAUUGGUUGGUGCUUGUUGUCGCCAAGGUUAUGUUUCAAUAGCCAGGAGUUUGAUUUUUGACGAGAUGGUGAAGGAGAAGGGGAUUCGACCAAACGUUGUUAUCUACACUACUCUUAUCCAUGGUUUUUGCAGUGAGAGUAAAUUGUCAGAAGCAGAAGCUCUGUUUCAAGAGAUGCGGGAAUCUGGGGUUUUGCCAGAUUUGUAUACUUAUAAUAUUCUGAUAGAAAGUUACUGCAAAAUGGGAAACGUGAAGCAAGCACUUCACUUGUAUCAGGGCAUGCUUGGUGGUGGUCUGUACCCAGAUGUUGUUACUUUUGGUAUCUUAAUAGAUGCACUCUGCAAAGAGGGAGAAUUAUUAGCGGCAAGGAGUUUGUUCGUACACAUGGCUAUGCUUGGUGUGUGUCCCAAUUUAAUUGUGUAUAAUCGUCUCAUUGAUGACCACUCUAAGUCAGGGAAUCUAUCUGAAGCCAUGCAUUUGUUUUUGGAGAUGGAAAAGUUAAAAAUUUCACCUGAUGUUUUUACAUACAGUAUACUGAUGAAGGGUUUUUGUGGCGUGGGUAGAACAGAAGAAGCAUAUGUAUUACUGAAAAGAAUGAACAGGGAAGGGGUUAUUGCCAACUCUGUAACAUACAAUUCCCUAAUCAAUGGAUACUGGAACGUGCAAUCUGCUACAAGUUUAUUCUCGGAAAUGUUAAUCAAAAGUCUUGUUCCUGAUGUGGUUGUAUUCACAACUUUGAUUGAUGGGCACUGUAAAAUUGGUAACCUGAAAGAGGCCCUUCAGCUGCACAAGGAGAUGCUGAGGGCGGGGCUCAACCCCAGCGUUUUCACAGUCACUUGUUUAAUUGAUGGCUUUUGCAAAGAUGGGAGGACUUCUGAUGCUAUCAAAUUUUUUUUGGAGAAUACUAGAGGUGGUCGCUCUGGAAAGCAAAUCAAUAAAAUGAAUGGCAGUUUUUGUACUCCCAAUCAUGUAAUGUACACAUCUUUAAUUCAAGGCCUGUGCAGGGAUGGGCAGAUUUUUGAAGCUACCAAGUUUUUUUGGGAUAUGAGAUGUGGUGGUAUACAAGCAGAUGCUUGGAUUUACACUGUCAUGUUAGAGGGGCACCUGACAGUGAAGCAUCUGAUCGGUGUGAUGAUGUUGCAUGCUGAUGUGAUAAAGAUUGGUAUCAUGCAAAAUGAGAACAUAUGCCUGAUCUUAGCAAGGGGUUAUCGAGAAAAUGGAUUCCUGAAGUCAGCUUUCAACUGUUCCAAGGACUCCAUUAGGUGUUCCCAAUCACCAGCAUCAUAA